AUGUGGGAGAAAAAGCCAGAGGAGCAGACAGGCGGGAGGGCGGGCGGGCGGGCGGGAGAGCGCUCGUCCUCCGGAGGGGCGGGGGAGACGCAUUCUCCCCCCCAGUACACACACAAGCAGAGGCCACAUCACGGUAGACAAAUCCGUGAGCGCAACGCGCAGCGAAGCUGUGAAAUAAAAAAAGGCUGCAGCCUGCGGUCAGCAGUUGCUCUGACAGAUGCAGAGGCAAAGGGCAGCAAAGAUGUUGCACCCCAUCACUCAUUCACUUUUGAUCUCACCUCUGAUCACAUCUGGAGUGAAGCAUACGCAGAGGAGCAGCCACCAUGGGGUGUUUUCUGCAAGUUUUGUGCAAACAGUAGAAGCACGAAGAACAGGACAUCCGUCCACAACAUCCACCGACGCCCACUUUCCAGCAAGGCAAAAGGACAGAGGCCGGGGUUCAAAAGAGACAGAAGAGGCAAAAGAGUGAUAAUAAGUGCAAGGAGGAGCGAGGGGUGCAGCAAGUUCUUCACUGACGGGGAAAAGAAAGAUUUCAAAAUUGAGUCGAAGGAUAGAAACUCGCCGUCAGGCAUGGUGUGUGAGAAGGGGAUCCAGAUCCUUCUCACCACCGUGGGGGCAUUCGCUGCCUUCGGCCUGAUGACGGUGGCAAUAGGGACGGACUACUGGCUGUAUUCCCGCGCCCUCAUCUGCAACAGCACAGCCAACGUCACCCAGGAUGAUCCCCAUAAUAAGGACAAGAAGGACCCUGGGGCACUCACCCACUCUGGGCUAUGGAGAAUAUGCUGUCUAGAAGGAGUGAAGAGAGGAGUGUGUUCACAGAUUAACCACUUCCCAGAGGAUGCAGACUUUGACCACGAUGGGGCAGAGUACGUCCUACGUGUAGUAAGAGCUUCCAACAUCUUCCCGAUCCUUAGUGCCAUCUUGCUGCUGAUGGGAGGAGUUUGCAUUGCUGCUAGUCGUUUCUACAAAAGUAAAAGGAACAUUAUCCUGGGUGCUGGAAUCCUCUUUGUGGCUGCAGGUCUGAGUAAUAUAAUCGGUGUGAUUGUCUACAUUUCUGCUGCGCUGGGGGACAUUUCUCCUAAGAAGGACGAGGAUAAGAAAUGGCAGUACUCCUAUGGCUGGUCCUUCUACUUCGGGGGCCUGUCCUUCAUCAUGGCCGAGAUGGUGGGGGUGCUGGCCGUCAACAUCUACAUCGAGAAGAACAAGGAGCUUCGCUGUCGCUCUCGUACCGACAUUUUUAAGAGCACCACGCAUGCAAUGCUUCGCCUGCCCAGCUACCGCUUCCGCCGCCGCUCCCGCUCCUCCUCACGCUCCACCGACCCCUCUCGCUCUCGAGACCCGUCACCUGUCGGGGGCGGGGGAAAGAACUUCGGCCUGCCCCCCUCCGCGCUGCUCUCCCAGGGCCCCAUCUCAGUGUCCACUCUGCCUAACCCCCACUCGCGCUCCCACACGGCCCUGGCUGGAGGCGACAUCUCCCUCUACACCUUGUCCCGCGACCCCAAGCUGGGAGGCUUGCCGCCCAUGUACGGCACUGUGGACAGGGCCACGCUCUACCAGCUUCACAACUGCUUCCCAAAGGAGGGGGGCGGCGGGGGGGUGAUGAUGAGCGGCACGCUGCCCUCGCUCAAGUCCCACAACCCUUCCAAUUCCUCCAACUCCAAUGCACCAAUGGCCAACUCCGUGGGCUCCGGCCCUCCACCCUUCACCUCGUCUACUAUUGACAGGGAGCGAGGGAUGGGGACUCUGGACAGGCUGAAAGGAGACCGGGAAAGCAACUCGAACACCCUCAACAGGAAGACGACGCCAGUGUAGGAAGGGGGACGAAGAGGACGGUAGCGAACAGCAUUUGUGUGACUCAAACAGAAAUAGAUAAACUCACAGACAGGUGAAACUCAAUAACUCUCCCGUCAUUUUCACUGUUAUUUAGUUGACUAAAUCUCACUGAGAACAAAAGAAGAGUAAUAACAAUACGAUAAUAACAACAACAAUGGAUUUUCACAAUGAAAAUAUUUUGAUAUCUCCGCGUGCUAGAAAUGAUUUAUUUUGUUAAUGAUCAAAUGCAAUUAACCUCGGGCUUUAAUGACAACAUGUCACAUUACUGCUGUGCAAUAUUUCUGCAAAUUUAACCAGACCAUCUUUUAUGUGAAGUUGUUGUUGUGAUUAUUCUUAGUGUUAUUACAAACAAGCUACGUUUGCGAACACUUUGGUUUGGUAUGAAAUCUUAAUUUCUAUGUUCCUUUUGUUUCACUCUGAUUUUAGAUCUUUAUGACUGUAACUGUGAAUUCUUCCAUGCAGAGCCACUGGGAAGUGAGCUGUGUGUAACUGUGUCAAAGUGACAAGCAUGAGUGUGCACAAAAGUUGAAAGAAUGAGAGCCUGUCUUAUUUUUUUAACCCCAAUAUUACAACAUUUUCAUUUAUAAUAUGAAGUCAGAUGUGAAUACUGUAUAUUGUCUUCCAAUACUGAUUCUAAAAGAAAUGCAACAACAAAGUGAGUGACUGAGACAACUGACCAACUUCAUUGUUAGCCUGAGUUUUCUAUGGGCCUCUGUUAGUUAUAUUUCCAUUCUAAUCAGUGUUAACAGUAGUACCUGUAGCUUUAGUCGUGUUGAAGAUGUUUGUUCUUGGGCAUUAACAGAAACCUCUGAUGGGAGGAAACCGAAAAAAGAGACAUUGAAUAACACAUUUGUACAGAAUCAGGUAAAGGUUGCUGCCUGAGCAGAAGAAUUUCGAAUUCAGUCCGUUUUUUCUAUGAAAAUUCCCAAACUGACACAUGCAAAUCAUCAUUCACAGUGGCAAAAAAAAAAAAAAACGUGUAUGAGGGUUUAAAAAAGGAACGGAAAAAAAUAAAAUAUAUAUGUACAUUGUAAUUUAUGCAUACAUAUAUUUGUAAGUCUAUAGAUACAUUUUUUGGAACCACCGAUCAUGCAUUUGGGCAGGGCAGGUUUUGACUUAAGUGUAUCGAUCCCAAUUUCCUCCUUGGACUUCGUACUUGCCCCUCCUCUGCUCAUUUAUUUGUCCUAUGAUCAGUGUUUUCACUACAUUAUUGCAUCUCCAGUGACAGCUUCAUCACGCUGAGAUAACCCCUUAACUUCCCCAAAGAUUAUUUUCACUGUGCUUCCUUUGUAAACUGCCAGCCCCUGAGUCUGAACUGUUUAUGUUGAUGAGAAUGUAAACGCAUAGAAUCCCCCCCCCCCUACCCACCACCUUUCUCUCUUCAAAACUGUUCCAAGUGACGGGGUUGAAUCUUUGGACAGACCUGCUAUAUGAUGAAGUGAAGAAACAAAAUAAUGACCAGAUGCUUCCAGAUUCUAUACAUUUGAAUUUCUUUUAUUUCAUUUCAGAAAAAGAACAAUGUGAAAAAAACUGCACACAGAUAGCAUUUAUGUGGGCAAUAUGAAUAGUAUGUAGUUGAAAAUAGAUAUAUCUAGACAAAUGACUAUGGUUUAUCUAAAUGUGUGAUAAACUUAAACACUGUAUUGCACGAAGUUUAUAAAAAAACCAAUAACAGACAUAUUCACAGACUGCUGUCUUUUUUUAUUGAAAUGAGACAGACUUUUCUCGUGAUGCAGUGACUAAUCAAAGAAGUUUUUAAGAUGGGGAACUGGGUAAACUUAAAAUAAAAGAUGGGAGGUUUUAAUAUACAAAAUGUGCAGAUCAUUAAAAUAUUUCAAAAUAUUAUAAAAACAGAAAAAGUUCUGAGUUCCUUCUUUUUGUGAAUCCUGUUUUCAAAAGAUUUGGAAAAAGGUGCCAGCUUUUCUGGGCCCGAGCUCAUUAAAAAAAAGCAGUCCUGUUGUUUUGGAAUGGAGAUUGUGCAAUUUUGUGAAGAACUUAGACAUACAGCAGUAGUUCAGACUGUAGUCAAACUACUCUCAGUUUGGAAAAUCUGAAACGUAUCCAUUGAGAUUUGUUAAAAAAAUACUCAAAUUGAAGAAUGAUCAAAAAUAUCAAAGUAGUUUGAGCUACGUUAUGUCGUUUUCUUUGUCAAUACAAUAUCUCCAUAUCUAUGAAGCAACCCAUUAUGAGGUUCUUUUCCACACAGUCUGGAUCGUGAUUCCAAAGACCUGUUCUGUGUAUCUGUCUGAGCUUAAGUGCACCCCAAAUAUACCUCAAG